AUGAUUGAAAUUGAAGAUGAAGAAUUUGAAAUUUCAACUGAAGAAACAAAAUCUGAAGAUAAUAGUCUUAUAGAAUAGAGGAGAAUUGAUUUAAACGAGUUUUUAAAUGCCACAUAAAAGUUAUAGCAUGAUAUUUUUGGAGUCAAUAAAUAAAGAUAAUUAUGUUUGACUCCUAUUUUUUAGCAUAUAAAGUUAGAUUAAACAUUUCAUUUAAUAUCUGAUUUCUUUUUUGAUCUAGGUUUUAAAGAAAGGAAAACCAUUUAAGAAUAAAUGUUAUCGUUUUCUCACUUCAAAAGAGUAGUUUAUACAGAACAUUUACAAAAUUCAUAAGUAUUAAUUUUGCAUUUAGAAAAUCCUUAAGAACCAAUGAAAGACUUUUCUUAGCUUUUAUAAUUGCUAACAAAGCAGCCUUAUAAGCGCUUAAGAAUUUUAUCUAAGCUUCUUUAAGAGUAUCAGAAAGUUUUGAUAAACUAUGAAUAGUAGAUUUAAAUAAUUCAAAUUUCUAGGCUACUCAAUUAAUAAACCAUAGAUGAAAAAAUGAUAGCAAGAAAACUUUUUAGAGAGCAAUAAUUGCAUAAAAAAUUUAAGGAGCUAUCAAACGAAGGUUAAUUCUACACAUUUUCAUUUGAAACAGCAAAUAUUGAGAGAGGUUACUUUGAAAUAACUCAACAAGGAUAUUCUGACUCCCUUAUUUGCUUAUUAGGGUCAGAUCCUCAGCAAUUUGCAUAAACAAUCAUGAGAAAAGGAUACCCAGAAAUUUAAGCCUAAAGAAAUAGAGAUAUAUUUAAUAUUGGUAGACUUAAUUAUGAAAUGUUUGAAUGUAAUUUGAGAAAUUGUAGAUUUGUCGGAUGUGACUGCUGCUUAUUAACAUUUGAUGACUAAGUUAUCUAAUGCAGUUCUAUAAUUGAACACUUGUUUUUUGACUAUCCAGAAGAGCUAUAAAUAAAUGGAGAUUAGUUCAAAAUUGAAUAUGGAUUAUUUGUACUCUUCUAAAUAGAAUUAAAUUAACUAAAGCAAGUUAUAUCAUUAAGACAAAAUAAUAAAUUUAUGGAGAACUCAGACUGGAUUAACGAUUUUGGAUAUUCUAUGAUGAGUGAAAUUUUAUUAGAAAAGUAUUAUAAAAUUAACUAAAGUAAAUAAUCCGAUGAAAUGAAGGAUGUAAAAAAUUUUAACUUUGGAGAAAGAUUCUAAUCUAUAAUAUGA